AUGAAGUUCUCCAGCUGCUUCAUCCAGGGCGCUGCCCUCGCCCUCCUCGCGGGCACGGGCUCGACCUUUGGCUUCGCCGGCUCCAAGCUGGGCAAAGACAUGCACGACGCUGUCAUGAUGGGCUACAGCUCGGAUCUGGCCUUGGAUCCAGGCCAUUUCAAGGCUGUGAUGGACAGCCCCAAGUUUGGCAGCCCCCAGGCAGAGACCGUUGACAUGCCAAUUGACCACAAGAGCAACAAGACGGGCACUUACAAGCAUCGGUUCUGGAUCAACGAGCAGGACUACAAGCCAGGCGGGCCCGUCUUUGUGUUCGACUGUGGUGAGGCCGCUGGCCAGAGAUAUGCAGACAGAUAUCUCUUCAACGAGACCAACUUCUUCAGGCAGCUAACCAAGAAGUUCCACGGCAUUGGAAUCAUCUUUGAGCACCGAUACUAUGGGGAAUCCACCCCCUUCCCGGUCACUGUCGAGACCCCCCCAGAGCACUUCCAGUAUCUCAACAACGACCAGGCUCUCGCUGAUUUGCCCUACUUCGCAAAGGACUUCAAGCGGAAGUCAUUCCCUAACGAUGACCUGAGGCCCAAUGCCACUCCCUGGGUCAUGGUCGGUGGCUCGUACCCUGGCAUGCGAUCUGCUUUCACCCGUGACAGAUACCCAGAGACCAUAUACGCCUCCUGGGCCUCUUCAGCCCCAGUGCAGGCCCAGAUCGACAUGGCCGUCUACUACGAGCAGGUCUACAGGGGCCUUGUUGCCUACGGCUGGGGCAACUGCACCAAGGACAUCCGCGCUGCCUACAGGUACAUCGACCGCCAGCUCUCCCGCAAUGACACCGCGGCUGCCAUCAAGAAGCUCUUCUUGGGCGAGGGAGCCGAGCAAGCCAGCAAUGGAGACUUCACUGCCGCGCUCAUCGUUGCCUACGCUGGCUGGCAGUCCUCCGGCGCCGACGGCCAGGUCGGCAAGUUCUGCAACUGGCUCGAGGUCGACCCCAAGACCAACAAGACCGCCCCUGCUGAGGGAUGGGCCCCCACGCUCGGAGACAAGGCUAUGGCCGAACGUUUCGCUGCCUGGCCUACGCUCGCCGAGAUGGUCAACGCCAAUGCCAUGACCAACUGCAAGCAGACCGACAAGUCGAAGCCCCUGGAGUGCAAGCUCGACAAGCCCAGCGAGGACCCAGACUUCAUCAGCUGGAUCUGGCAGUACUGCAGUGAAUGGGGCUACUAUCAGACCGUCAACUACCCCCAGCACCCAAUCCUCUCCAAGUAUCAGACCAUCAAGUACAACCAGGACUUCUGCUACCGCCAGUUCCCUACCGGCGUCAAGAGCGGAUACCUGCCCGUCAAACCCCAGACGGAGAAGACUAACCGUGCCACCAAGGGCUGGAAUAUGCGCCCAUCCAACGUCUACUGGAGCGGUGGCCAGUACGACCCCUGGAACACCCUUUCUCCCCUGUCUACCGAGCCCUUUGCUCCUCGCGUCAAGGUCUCUCAGGAGAUCCCCAAGUGCAACGUUUCCACCGGCCCCAGGAAGAUCUUUGGCUACCUGAUCCCCAACGCUCAGCACGUCUAUGAUUUCCGCACCUACUUCAAGCCCGGCGAGGUUUCCAGGAAUCUCUUCCACUCAGCCUUGGAGGAAUGGCUUCCUUGCUUCAAGAAGCAUUAA